AUGCUGUUGGUCUCCAACAUGAUCCGACUGCUGUUUUUGGCGUGCCUCUACCAGCAACUGGCGGUGGUGAGCAGUGGCCAAAGAGACGACAUGAAUGGACACAAGGGUGCAAAAAUGGUGCCCUUGCGUCCUUUUCGGGGGAGGGACAAACGUGGGUGUAGCUGGGCUGCGGCGGGUGAGGGCCACGACAUCACCCUGGUGGUCACCUGCGCUGACCGGGGGUCCGCUUCUAUCUGUGAGUACACCGCCACGCCCUCCUCAUGCCCCGGCUACACCGCCGAUGCCAAACUGUACUGGAAGCAGAUAGGUCGGGCGCUCCGGAGGCACGGGGCUUUGUGCCAGGUGGGCGGCGCGCCUGUUAGAGCAGCGGUGUGCAGGCGUGCACCUCCGGAGGCUCACUUCAGACUUCGGACCAAAGAGGCUCUGCCCAUUACCUCAGUGAAGUCGUGCAUCCCUGAGAACCGGAAGUUGGCUCGGGAGUACUGCGAAGAGGCCUGGUCUGAUUUUUGCACCUUUUUGUUCACUAUGGUGCAAG